GACCAGGCCCAGCAUACGAUUUAUCGAGGUCGUGUCUGUACUCUGCAACAGCUUUGCAAAGGCUAUCGGGGCCAUCGACCCGAUACUCCACGACCAAUGGGCAGUUGACCUGCUGCACAUCUACCAAAAGCCGCACAACUCUCAUCCACUCGCACUGCAAUCCUCCAAAACCAUUCGCUUAGCUGUCUGGGAGUGCAUUGGUAAGAUCCUGGCGGCUCUGCCUGCCCGCAACACAGUGAUCAUGCUUGGAGAUUUUAAUACUCAGAUCAAGCCGUGUGCCGCAGCCGGCACCAGGAUCUGUUCAGGCACCAGCACGGGCACACAUCCGCCUGAUCAGGCACGGUUGCAGCAUCUUGUUGAGGACUUCUCCCUCUUACACCUUAACUCAUGGUGCAAGGCGGCUGGCCCCACGUACCAUCACAACAAAGGUGCUAGCCUCAUUGAUCAUAUCAUCAUGCGUUCCAGCCAAGCAGAUGAUCGUGCUAGGCAGGCGAGACCUCUCCGCCUGGGACUGGCUGCCUGGAGACUUGGUGGAUAUCACCUACCACUGAAGGCCAGCGUCCCGCUUCAGCGCUUCCACACUCUUAACAAACCGGCGUCCCUGCCUGGGGUCAAUGACCUUGGGCAAUUGCAUGACACUCUGAUCCACUGUGCAUCCCAAUUUUUCCCGCCGCCCGCAGGACAGCAUCGGCUGGCACUAUGGCAAACACCGCCUAUGCAGGAUGGUAUUCGCUCCAUGUGGCAGGCCUACCGAGUCUGGAAGACAGCCAAAGCUCAAGAUCAGCACAAUCCGCUUUAUGUCUCCAGGUGCUAUCAUCACUUCAAGACGGCACACAAGGCCUUUCGUCGUGCCGGGAAAGAAGCCAAGAAGCACUGGUUCCAUGGCAGGCUCCAGGAACUACAGGCUGCUGCCAGUUCAGGUGACUCCCGCAAGCUUUAUGCUGGCAUUCGCACACUAGCUCCCAAAUCCUCCAAGCCGAAGGUUCAAUUGCGAGAUUCUGGUGGACAUCUGCAAGACCCCAAGACCCAGCUUAAACAGCUGGAAACGCACUAUCGCAAAUUAUAUGCUGCAGACGAGGACACCAGCAUCCAGGGCCCCCAGCGGACGCCCAUUCACAUUGAAGUCACGGAGGCAGAAAUGACCCUGGCACUUUCGCAAUUGUCACCCCACAAAGCUACACCUCCGCAUCUAGCCACAAACUCUCUAUGGAGGCUGACCUCGGACCUUGUUGCGCCUCUCUUGUGCCAAUGGUGCCGGCAAUGGCCUCAAAUACCUGAGCUUUGGCGAAAUGCAUGGUUGACUCUUGUUCCCAAGAUUCCGCGACCACUUUCACCAAAGAAUCUCAGACCGAUAGGGUUAACUGAAUCCAGUGGCCGCGCAUAUGCUUCCAUACUGCAGGCGAAAUUGCGCCCCUAUGCCGAGAGGUUCCUUGCGGAUCAGGCACAAUUUGCAUAUUUGCCAGGUCGCAAUGCUGCCCAAGCCAUACAUCGGGUUGCUGCACACUGCAAAUAUGUCCAGGAUCGCUGCUCGAUUUCAACACCUACGGUUGUUGAUCGUCACGCUCAACAGCCGAAACCCUGCCCACAUUUUGCAGGUGCACAACUAUCGCUGGACCUGUCCAGUGCUUUUGACCUCAUGGACUGGCGCCUGCUGGACAAGGCUUUACUUGCGUCCGAAGUUCCGGCUGAGCUAAGACACCAAAUCAUGUCCUGGCACUCUGAAAUCUCCUAUGUCCUUACCCACCUUGGACACACUGCCAAGGUGGAGGCCCAAAGAGGACUUAGACAAGGGUGUAAACUGGCUCCGUUGCUCUGGACCCUAGCCCUGGCACAGAUAUAUCGUGAGCUUCUUGCCGAGGGGGACCCGCUCCUCACAGCACCUUGGCUAGAGCAAAGCUCCACGAUUUAUGCAGAUGAUAUACACCUCAAGGAUACUGUGCAGACCACUCGUGAGCUGGACGACAUGGUGUAUCGCUUUAGUAAGAUCCUCGAUGCUCUUGCCGCCCAUGGUAUGGUCAUCAACUCGGCCAAAUCAGCAUUGCUACUGAGACACAAGGGCAGUUUCAUCAGAGGCUGGCUGCGCCGACACCUCAUACCCAAACCCGAGGGGGAUCUACUCCGCUUUCGCAGCCCCCUGGGAACGGUGUAUGAAAUUCCGUUGCGUGACCAUCACACGUACUUAGGCAUACGCAUCUCAUAUCAUUCACAGGCCAAACAAGCAGUCACCUAUCGGCUACAGGCUGCGAACCAGGCCUGGCAAAGACUCCGUGGUGUACUGUGCUCCACCAGGCAUCUUGCUCAGACACAUCGUCUCAGUCUAUGGAAAUCCACAGUGCUUCCCACGCUGCUCUAUGGCAUCGCGGCAUCCAAUCCAGGUGCCAAGGACAUCCAGCGUAUGCAGCACAUGAUGACCAAGCAGGUUCGAGCCAUCACCCGAUCCUUUGCACAUCUUCAGAAAGAAUCCACACAGGACCUUUUGCACAGAUGCUCCCUGUCCACCAUCUUGGAGCAUCUGCAGAGGGAAGCCGCUGCCUUGCAUCGUAGCCUGACCAGCCUGAGCACUGAAACGAGCUUCGUGACCCAAGCCCAGGUGGAAUCAGCUCGAGACACUGCCGCUACACUCCACCUUCAAGUGCAACGUCAAUGGCAGGUACCUCUUGGGGACACAGAAGGCAUCACUGACCCUGCCGUACACCAGUGCCAGGAAUGUCAUCGGGUCUUUACCUCCUUUCGGCUCCUCCGCUCUCACGAGGCUAAGUGGCAUGGACUCAAAACACCUGCUGCUGUCCCGGUGCCUUUUGACAGGUAUGCACAUGGAACAGAAGGACUUCCAACGUGCAGACACUGUGCCCAUCCCUUCCGACAAUGGGACGGCCUCGUCAAGCACAUUAAACGCAAUCGGUGUCAGGUACUCCGUAGACUUGCUACACAACCUCCUGCCGAUGCCCCACCCUUGGCUCCGAGCUCCAAUGAAUCCGAUCCUUUACCAGUCCCUGCCCCGGCUAUCCUGCCACCUCAGGACCUCUCUCAGGGGACCUACAUCCUGUCAGACGAUCAGGCUGCUAUGCCCCCUCCUGCUCCUGCCGUUAUACCUGAACCCCCUGUCUUAGACGCUCCCCUGCAGGACAGCUCCACUACGCCGAGCCAUGAGGCUGUUCCUCUUCAUCAACAAUCUCAUGUUCUUGAGACACUACGUGCACGCAGGUGGACUGACCUCCUUGAGAAACCGGAGAUCUACUCGUAUCUCCAGCACCACUGCCCGCUGUGUUACCAGUGGCUAGCCACUCCUACCAGCAUCAAGUAUCAUCUCACCAUGCAACAUCCAGAGUGGAAAGACUGCCAACCUGCGACUCUCAAGCUUCUUACUGGUUUCCGCCGACAUACUGUUGUUCCAUGUCGCUACUGUCAUCAGCGAAACAUCAACAAAGAUCGUCAUUGGAAACAGUGUCAUCAGCGCACCAUGACGCUCGGCGCGGAUCCCAUGGAGCUGGACGAACAGGAGAGGCAAUUUUGGGCCCAGGCCGGUCCGGUCAAACGGGAACAGGAACCGAGAAGAGAUACUCAGGACCUGCAGCCACUGGGAAGUCAAGAUCCAGACUGGAUGGAGUACAGGAUGAAUCGACUAUCUCAGCUGGUCCUUCGUCAGGAGCAAAUCAUCUCAGCCAUCCGUCAGGAUCUGGUCCUCUACCUCUUUGUACGAUCAGGGCCAGAAGGGAUGGUACCAGUUCUCUGCGAAGCAGCGGAGAAGUGGAGGAAGAUGAAAGAGGAAGAACCCGAGAAGAUUACUUACUCCCUCAAACUCAUGCUCUUCAAGCAGCUGCUCAUCACCCUACACCAGAGGUUGACCAACAUGAUCGCGGACGAGGAUGCUCUCGCCAAAGCCAAGAACCUGAACUGGAUCGACGAUCAGAAACAUUGGAAACAUCUUACAUGGAAUCCUACCAAACAAUGUCUGGAAGUCGACAACUCGGUGAGGCCAAUACCGGCGGAAGAUCUGUUGGCUCAACUGGUUCAGAUGAGGAAGGCAGUUACGGAAGAGACCCUGGUGAGGUUCAAGUCCAUGCGGAAGCUCACCACGGAGGUGACCUCCGACUGGAUUCAAUUCCAGAUCUGCAUGUCACUUCGCCCAGAGGGAGGAGCCAUGUGGAGCACGCUGAACCAGUGGAUCGGACAAGCAUCGUGGCACACCCUGGGAUGCAGGCUCCGUCGCGAUCGACCGAACUACGACACCCUGGUCCAGGAAGCUGUCCUUCGAUUGAUUUUCCACAAUCCAUCAAAUCUGUGCUACCUACACUCUACCAUCUAUGCCCUUCUGUGGACAAUCCUUCAGGCUAGGCUGCAUGAUGCCUACGUCUCGCCUCCACCGCAGGCUCUUACCAUGCUGUGUCCACCAAUCACUGCCACACCUAAUUGCCCCAUUCAGGUGCUCCAUUCGGUACCGUGGCUUAUGCUGCUGCAAGCUUGGCCUUCUGUACAUCGUCAGCAUGAUGCAGCUGAGCUGUUACAAUACCUCUUACCCAGGUUCUCGCAUAGUGGGUUCAAUGGUGGCUGGGAGGCCAGAAACUUCGUACCUGGAGGUAUUGCCACUCUUGACAAGGGGCCUACCCAAGCUCCCAUCCCGAUUGCGCUACCGGCAGGUCCAAGCUUGGAGCUCCAAGCAGCCAUUGAUGGGUGGAGUGCUCAGGUUACAGCUCGUUAUGCACUGCUGACUCCGUCUCCCAUGCUCUGCAUACAACUUCAGCGCUUCACAAAUGCCGAGGGAGUCAUGCGCAGGGACACCAGACCACUGGUUGUGGCCUCGACUACAGUUCGUAUGCCACUCUUUACAGGUCUGCACACUAUGCAAGUUCGCUAUGUUCACUACCAGGUCGUCGCUGUACAGCUUCACUACGGGGCCACUCCUGAUAUGGGGCAUUACAGAACUAUCCUACGAGGACAACCGCUGUUUGGAGCAGAAAAGUGGUGGAUCACUGAUGACUCCUGCACCGCAAAGCCAGUCAGCACAGAACACGAUGACAACAUAUACAUAGUGUGGCUACGUCAGGUACUACCUCCUGGUGCCUGA